CAAGCCAUGGUCUUUCUGACUAUCUACUUCGGUCCCACACAGGCAGAUAUAUGGAAUAGAUAUCUCAAACAACAAAAUAUGGUUGCUGUCUUAAUCUUGAAAUUGAAAUUUUUUUGUAGCGGUUAAAGAGCUACGAAAAUCAUCAGCACCACCAGUCAAAGUAUCAACCGAGAAACGAGCUUUACAGUACUCCCUCUAUCAGCACCUGAACCUUCCCUCCUGCUCUGGUUUCUUCCUCGAGUCCCGAAUCCAUUAUCAUCGCACUCUUGAAAUGAUUUCCAUUUGGUACAUCACAAUUUUUCUGUUUCCCUCUUUCUUGCGCCUGAGUAGCGCUCAGAGUCCUUAUUACAGUUGCCCCAUCUCUGCUCUCAGUUACAACACCAACAGCAGCUUCGAGCGCAAUCUGAACGCCCUCUUGGCCUCCCUGGCAGCCAAAUCAUCGGUCUCUCGUGGCUUCUACAAUACCACGGUAGGCCAGAGCCCCGAGCAAGUCCAUGGCCUGGUGCAGUGCCACGGAGACAUCUCCGCCGACGACUGCCGCAGUUGUGCGGCCUCUGCUGCCUCUCAGAUCGUCCAAGUGUGCCCGGGCAAGCGGAUGGGCGUCAUAUGGUUCGACGACUGUCUCCUGCGCUACAGCAGCUUCAAUUUCUUUGGGAUCGUCGACGCAUCGAAAAUGGCUCUCGUGAACACCGUCAGCAUGUCCAACCCUGCAAGAUUCAAGCCAAUCGUUCAGGUCUUGUUCGACAAUCUCAUUAAGUCAGCUACCACCAAUAUCUCCGGCCACAUGUACGCCACUGAAAGUGUUAAGUACACCGACAACGUCACCCUCUAUUGCCUCGCAGAGUGCACGAGGGAUCUCUCGUUCAACUUCUGCAAUUCUUGUUUGAAGAGCUCCGUGCGUGCCAUCUCUCAGUGUUGCUCCGACAAACGAGGGGCUAGAAUUCUGUCCGGCAGCUGCGUUAUAAGGUACGAGAUAUACCCCUUCUUCGGGAACUUGUCGACUUCGCUGGUGACGCUGCCACCACCGCCUUCCUCCACAUCGGGUGGAGCUCCGACGAAUUCUUCUGUUGUUGUUACUGGAUGUAAUAGGUGUAUAUGCUCAAUAUCGAGAGAUGCUGUCGUGAUCGCUGCAUCAGUCUCUGCAACAACCUCCCUACUGGUGAGCGCCAUCUGCCACGUCCUUGUGAGCAGGAAAAACAGGAGAAUCGAAGACAGAAGAUUGCUGCAGCAGUCGAGCUCCAAGAGCCACUUAAUUGCCUCGGAAUGAGGACAACAACGACGACGAACGAGCUCGGAGACAAGGUCCAGCUGCCGUAUAUGAUGUAAAAUGCGUGCUUCCGUCCUUGAAUGUCCCUCUCCUUGUGUGCUAGAAUAAGAGUCGCCAAUAAAUGGUCCCAAUCUGUGACUGUGGUGGACUAAAUGCCCUUCUACGUAUCUUUCUGGUAGUCGCGAGACAAUGAAAUGCAGUGACUUUUUGUGUAA